CUCUCUCCAACACACAAACAACACACUAUUCUCUCUUUUCUCCAAUUCUUUUCUUUUUCAAAUUUAGGGAAAACGCCAAAUUACGCAACAGCCCUUCUUCUCUUCUAUUCUUCUUUCUCCUUCUUCUUCUUUCUUGAAGCCUUCUCUCUCUAUAUCUCUCUUCUCUCUCUCUCUCUCUUCUUUCUCUUCCUCUGCUUCACUCGCGUACGCGCAAAUCUGCUAUUUCAAUCCUCUUUCUCUCUGAUCUACGUGUCCACCAACUGCACCUCCACGCCCCACUCAUUUUCAUUCUUCUCAACCUUCGGAGAUCCAACCGCCAGAUAAUACACAGAAUCCCGCCUUUUCUACGUUUCUACACUCUCAACACAAGCUGCAGUAGAAAUUCAUUAUGGUGGCAACUGCAGCUACUUCAUCAAUUUUUCCUGUUCCUUCUCCCUCCCCGGAAUCUGGGGGAGCAGGCAACAAGCUUGUUGGUGGGCCAGCGAACCUUGGAGGACUAAAAUCCAAACCUGUGACUUCUGGUGGCUUGAAGGCAAAGGCACAAGCCCCGUCGAAAAUUAAUGGAAGCACAGUUGCUACUUCUGUAGAAAGCUUGAAGCUUGAAGAUGAUUUACCUUCACCUCCCCCUAGGACUUUUAUCAAUCAGUUACCUGAUUGGAGCAUGCUUCUUGCUGCCAUCACGACAAUUUUCUUAGCAGCUGAAAAGCAGUGGAUGAUGCUUGAUUGGAAACCAAGGCGACCUGACAUGCUUAUUGACCCCUUUGGGAUCGGAAGAAUUGUUCAGGAUGGUCUUGUCUUCCGUGAAAACUUUCCUAUCAGAUCGUAUGAGAUUGGUGCUGAUCGAACAGCAUCUAUAGAAACAGUAAUGAACCAUUUGCAGGAAACUGCACUCAAUCAUGUUAAGAGUGCUGGCCUUCUUGGUGAUGGAUUUGGUUCUACUCCGGAAAUGUGCAAAAAAAACUUGAUAUGGGUAGUCACUCGUAUGCAGGUUGUGGUUGAUCGCUAUCCUACCUGGGGUGACAUCGUUCAAGUAGACACGUGGGUUUCUGGAUCUGGGAAGAAUGGUAUGCGUCGUGAUUGGGUUUUACGUGACUGCAAAACUGGUGAAAUCCUGACAAGAGCCUCCAGCGUUUGGGUCAUGAUGAAUAAGCUGACGAGAAGGCUGUCUAAAAUUCCAGAAGAAGUCAGAGAGGAGAUAGGAUCGUACUUUGUGGAUUCUGCUCCAAUUCUGGAAGAGGAUAGCAGAAAACUGACUAAACUUGACGACAACACAGCAGAUUAUAUUCGUACUGGUUUAAGUCCUAGAUGGAGUGACCUUGAUGUCAACCAACACGUCAACAACGUGAAGUAUAUUGGCUGGAUUCUGGAGAGUGCUCCACAGUCAAUCUUGGAGAGUCAUGAGCUUUCUUCCAUGACUUUAGAGUACAGAAGGGAAUGUGGUAGGGACAGUGUGCUGGAUUCCCUGACCGCUGUAUCUGGUGCCAACAUUGGCAAUCUCGCUGAUAGCGGACAUGUUGAGUGCAAACACCUGCUUCGACUUGAAAAUGGUGCUGAGAUUGUGAGGGGUAGGACUGAGUGGAGGCCCAAACCUGUGAACAACUUUGGUUUUAUGAAUGAGGUUCCAGCAGAAAGCACUUAAGAUUUUGAAAUGGUUAACGAUCGGAGUUGCAUCAGUCUCCCUGCUAUGGUUACCUGGAGAGUUUUGCUUGUCUGUCCGAUCUACAUGUCUUCAUAUAUAUAAAUAUUAUAUAUAUAUAUAUAUAUAUAUAGAUACCUUCUAAUCUGUGUCACUCUGGUGGGUAAGAGGAAAAGCAGUAGUAAAUCUGAUUCUCGUUGUAAUUAGCUACUGCUCUGCUCUCUCUUUCUGCUCCAUAUUUCAUUUCAUCUCUUAAUGCGCUACUGCUAGGCUGUCUUCAAUAUUUAAUUGCUUGUUAAAAAUAGCUAGAUAUGUAUAUUAUUAUUCUUUUUCUCUUGGUUGAAUUAAAGAUGCAAUUUUCUCUUUCCUUGUGAACACGAAACCAUUAUUAUUAUUAUGAUUAUUAUUAUUAUUUUUGUAUA